AUGACAACACCAUCAAACGAACGCGUGGCAGCUGCGGGAAAAUCUUGUGAUUGCUACCUCGGUCUCUUAUUCGCUAUGGAAGAGGUCGCUGUAUAUGGCUAUAUAACGCCAUUGAAAGUGAAAAUCAUCAUCGCGCUGCCCUUGUCCGAUUCGGUGGUCAAAGACACAGACAUCACGACUAUUUUCAAAGCCCUUCAUAUGGCCUACUAUUCCUCCGUUUCCAACCCCUUCCUCAAGCUGGACUGUUCCGGCGACGGCUCUAGCAACGAGCAUUUUCCUCUUCUUGUGGUUGGGAGUCCAAAAUGGAAGAGUUUCAAAUCUCGUGUGGAUGAAAUCAGCAGGGUCGUUGGUAAUACCGUUUCAUCAAACUCGUAA